AUGGCAGCCAUGUUCUCUCGUAAGUUCGUGGCAGACCUGCAGGAUCACCACGCGGUUCUGACCAGCGGCAUUUGCCUGCGCUCCUCCUGCGACCCCUUACACACUGAGGGAGGGGGGGGAGGCGGUCUGGGCGAAGGAAACACCCCCAUCAGCAAGGUGGUUUCACUGGCGGGACGCAUGUGUGGAGCCGCCGCGCAGCUGCAGCCGGAGUGUGUCUCUACGAGUGAAGUGUGUCGAUGCUGGAGCGGCCAGUGCGUCACGGGAGAAUGGACGGAUUUAGCAGAGUCGCUUUUCGAAGGAAGGAACGAAGCCUGGAAGGUGAGGAGCCAGACGAGGAAGAGGAGGAAGAGGAGGAGGAAGAAGAAGGUUCCUUUUCACAGACAGCUUUUACACUUUGAGGACAAACAGCAACACUUUCUCACCAUGUCAACACUUCAGCCUGCUCAGCCAACCAGAGCACAGAUCUGUCCACGCUGCGGUCAGCUGAUGAGCACGGCUCUGACAAGGGAGAGGUCCUUUCGCUUCAGUCUAGCAGCGUGGAAUUUAAUCUCCUGCACCGGACUCUCAGCGAGGAAAGGGAAAGCUGCGUGUUUCCAGUCGAAGAACGCUGACGAGGAGGCGUGUGUGGCCGUGAAAAUCGAACACUCAAGAGCUCUCGGCAGUAGUCCGGCGAGCGAUCGCAGCAACGCACCCAGCGUGCAGGCGUGUCUGAACCGGGCCAGCGCUGGGACGAACAACAGGAGCAGGGGGGGAGUCAAUGGAAGAGUCUCUGGUGGCAGGCCUCGGCUGCAGUCUAAACCAGAAGUGCCUCCAAAGCCACUGCACCUUCAGAGCCCAGUGACUGACCUCUCAUCCCCACUGGGCCGCACCAAGAAACCAUCACUUAGACGGGGCAUGGAGGAGGGAGGCGGAGGAAGAGGAGGAGGAGGAGGAGGAGGAGGAGGAGGAGGAGGAGGAGGAGGAGGAGGAGGAGGAGGAGGAGGAGGAGGAGGAGGAGGAGGAGCAAAGACGACAGUGAACCGGGAGAGGGCCAAAGAGAAACACUCCAAAGUCUCAGACCUGAUCAGCCGCUUUGAGGAGAACAGCAGCACAGAGAACAAGAGAGACAGCUCGCCGCACAAACCUGUCAGCAAGUCGACCAACUGCAGCCCGGCCCACCGGCCCAGCCCGAAGCCCACGGAGAGCGACAGGAACCAGGAGAACCUCCCCCCCGCUGUCAAGGAUGACCACAAGCCGGCGGCCAACGGGGUGGUAGCGCAGAUGGAGCCGGAGAAGGAGGAUAAAAAAGAGCAAGAGAACGGAAGCGUGAGGAUAGAGACCGCCGGGCUGGUCAAUGGAGAUAUGGGGGACGGGGGAGCAGAGCAGGAGGAGGAUCAUUCACCUCCAGAGACAGAGACGACUGAUGGAGAGACUGAGGAGGAGAAGGAGAGUGGGACUGUGACAGAGAUCGAGCACCGGAGUGAAGAAGGGAUCACAGAGCAGAAGGAGACGAAUGAACAGAAGCUGUUUAAGAUCGCCAGCGAGCUGCUGCAGACAGAGAAGGCCUAUGUAGCCCGGCUGAACCUGCUGGACCAGGAGUUCUGUACUAAGCUGAUGGAGGAGGCCAACAAGGGAACGUUCCCAGUGGACGUUGUGAAGAACAUCUUCUCCAACAUCUCCUCCAUCCACACCUUCCACAGCCAGUUCCUGCUCCCGGACCUGGAGAAACGCAUGGGAGAAUGGGCGUCGAAACCUCGCAUCGGAGACAUCCUGCAGAAACUCACACCCUUCCUCAAGAUGUACGCCGAGUACGUGAAGAACUUCGACAAGGCCAUGGAGCUGCUGAAGCAAUGGACCGACCGUUCUCCUCAGUUCAAGGCCACCAUCCUGGAGAUACAGACCCAGGAGGCGUGUGGCAGCCUGACGCUGCAGCAUCACAUGCUGGAGCCGGUGCAGCGAGUCCCUCGGUAUGAGAUGCUGCUGAAAGACUAUCUAAAGAAGCUGCCUGAGGACGACCCUGACCGACGAGACUCAGAAAAAUCGUUAGAAAUCAUCGCCACAGCAGCGACUCACUCCAACAGCGCCAUACGGAAAUCUGAUAAUCUGAAGAAACUGUUGGAGAUCUACGAGUUGCUGGGAGAGGAGGAGGACAUCGUUCACCCUUCCAACGAGUUCAUCAAAGAGGGCCACAUCCUGAAGCUGGCCGCCAGGAACACGUCGGCCAUGGAGAGAUACCUCUACCUGUUCAACAACAUGCUGUUGUACUGCGUGCCCAAGUUCAGCCUGGGAGGACCCAGGUACACGGUGAGGACGCGGAUCGGCGUGGACGGCAUGAAGGUCCUGGAAACCACCAACGAGGACUACCCUCAUACCUUUCAGGUGUCGGGGAAGGAGCGGCUGCUGGAGCUCCAGGCCAGCUCCGAACAAGACAAGGCCGACUGGAUCAAGGCUUUCCGGAAGACCAUUGAGAUCUUCCAGCAGAAGAACGAGUCCUUCAAGAACGCAUUGAAAGACGUGGAGGAAGUGUCGAAAAAGGAGCUGGGGAAGCGCGCCCCUCGAUGGAUCCGAGACAAUGAAGUGACGAUGUGCAUGAUGUGUAAAGAGCCGUUCAACGCUCUGACGCGGCGGAGACACCACUGCAGAGCCUGCGGAUAUGUGGUUUGCUAUAAAUGUUCAGACAACAAAGUGCAGCUCGAAUACGACGGCAACAAGACGAACAAAGUCUGCAAGGACUGUUUCUCCAUCCUGAAAGGAGAGACGGUGGCUGAGGGGAAGAAGAAGGGAAUACUGGAGAUCGAGGCCGCUCAGUUCUCCGGCAGCAGCAUCAUGUGUGGCUUCCUGCAGUACUGCGAGAAGAACAAGCCCUGGCAGAAGGUUUGGUGCGUGAUCCCUGAGAAGGAAAGUGUGGUGCUCUACCUCUACGGAGCUCCACAGGACGUGAAGGCCCAGUGCACCAUCCCCCUCCUGGGUUACUCUGUGGACGACAGCGUCCGGCCCACAGACACGCCGGCCAGCUUCCGCCUCUCCCAGUCCAAGUCCGUCCACAACUUCUCUGCCGAAACCGAGGAUCUCAAGCAGCGCUGGCUCAAGGUCAUCCGGGUGGCGGUGACGGGAGAGGUGCCAGAGUGCCCCCCCGCCAACGGCACCAACGUGACGGAGGACAACACCACCCAGGAGGCGUCGACCGACAGCUCAUAGAGGCGUUUCCCUGCAAGCGGACCGAGUGGAACUUCUGCCGUCGUAUUGCUCGAGAAGGACGGGAUGAGCCGGUGCGUCUCCACGGCGUCUUGGAAUCUGAAUUCUAAAGAUUGAGUGGACAAACAGAAAUCAGUGCUGGAUAAGCUGCCUUUUCCUCGUAGCUCUCCUGUUUCCCCGGUUUCCUCCUGGAUUUCCUCCUGAACUUCAGAGCUGUGCUGGAUAACUAAAGGAUCUCUGGCACAAUCAACACUAGAGCAGAGGAGAUUCUUGGAAGUCCCUAAGACUCGCACUGUUAAGUAAGAGCAGCUUAAACUCUACAGUCUUCUUGGACCUCGGCCAAAUCCUCCUGAGCCAGAGGACGACAGCACGUGAAUCGAAGCUGAAAGACGUUUCAAACUCUGUCUGCUGGUGCUGUGUACAUGUAUAGUAUAAAUGUUUUGUUUUUUUCUUUUUUAUGAAAAGGAACACGUGUGUUUUUAAUGUACAGAAAUCAGAAAAGCCAUCUAAGUAUGACAUUAAUCAUUCUCAGUAUUCUGCCCCUUUUUCUUUGCUAAAGACGAUGGUUUAAAAAGUGAGAACAUGACCAUGUGCUGGAGAUAAAAGAUAAUUUCUCUCUUCACUCAGUCUAAUCAAACUCUGGAUGAGCUGAUGUGUCUGUCUGCUCUGAAGCUGGAUGCACCCAUUCUACGAAUCUGCAAAUUAAACCAGUUUUGAAUAUAUAUAUACAUAGACAGAUAGAUAAGAACAGGAAUAAAUAGGUUUUUGAAUAUACACAAGCGAAAGUACCACAUCAACUUUUCUACUUCAGUGAAAGACUUGCUUUUAAAUAUACUUAAGAGUACUGUAUCCUGUUCCCUAAUGAAGCAGUCUACUACAUCCUUAUGGUUUAGACCUGGCCAUUCAAUCAAGCUGCACUAAAUUACUGAGACUAUAUAUAGAUACCAGACGUCUUAAUGUGCCAGAAAUAACGCCCAUUGUAGAAUCUUAUGUCACAGAAAGUGCUUCUUUAAUUUGAUAGUUCUUCCCUGACCCUUCAACCAAGAACUGUGGAAAUCUAAUCAGUAGUUUUUGUGGUGUCUUGUUUACAACAAUCAAACUGACAGGAGUUAAAAAAUAACCUUGUUGACGCAGGUUCAUGUAAAAGUGAAAGUGAAAAGUGAGAAUUCUACUUAGGUCCACAUAUAGAAUGUAAAAAGUUUCCCACAACUGGCAACUCAAAAGAAACUUUAAACAAAAUUAAAAAAAAAUGUACAGCUUGAGCUGGAAUGUCCCUUUAAAAUAAUAGUUUCAAUAUUAAAGACAAUGGCGCAAAUAGACAAAUCUUAAUUAAUAAACUGUGUUUUAUCGUUGGUUGCUCCCCCCACAGUCUGAGCAGUUAUUAUUAAUGUAUCAUAGAAAGUGAUGGAUGAUAAACCUGAAACCGUUGUCCAGCUCCACAGCAAGAAGACCUCAGUUCAUGUGGAGAGAGAUUCUCUUCACAUGCAGCACAAUCUCAGACAGUGAACAAGCUGUCGCGGGAGAAAUGUAAAUGUAUUUUUUAAUGCUGUAAUUAUUAUUUAAAAAAAGUAAUUUAUAGAGAAUGACGAGCAUGCUCUGUUGAUAGUAGCACAACAAUUGGUCCCUCGCUGUCCACGAAGAAGAAGAAGUAGGCAGAUGUUUAGUUUUUUUCUAUGAGCAGAUGUAUUUCCACUAACUCUACAAACGCAUCACCUCGGUUCUUCGGUGGGACGACGACCAGUCGCAGCGCUGAAGGGGGAAAAUGUGCCUAUAUUCUCCACAGUGAGCUUCUUCAUUCACGACUUCCUCUUGUACUCGAUGCUGUUGCUCGGCCCCUGAACUCUUCCUCCUCCUCCCACUCCUCUUACUCAGUAUUCAAAAAAAGGAAAAACCAAGAGCACAAAACAUCCCCCUCUGUUGGAUCUGAAUGUAUUUCCUGAUUUUAAUGUCCCUUGUUCUCCUCCCUCCCCCAAAGGAUUGAGAAUCUACGCACUUUACAGUCCUAUAAAGUGUCCCUUCAAAGAAAUAAAACAGCAGAAUGAAAUAUA